CAGUCUACGAGAGAAAAGGAACAACUAACACAGAAGAUCAUCCACCUUGAAACACAGAUUAACGGUUAGUUUUAUGUGGUCACGCAUGCAUGAAAAGAAAAGUGCGCGCGGACUAGGGAGCCAUUUUUCUAAGAGUUUCCGAUGCUCCACCGAUAAUAAGUCGUUUACCCCCUCCCCCCUCCCUACUGCUUCUCGUUCCGUCAUAAAUAGUUCCGUUUUUUGUGUCUUCCCGGUUUACCUUAUUACUAAAACCUUGAAUUUAUUCAAUCUAAUAUUCUAAGUACUUAAAAUAUUCAUUUGUUUUUUAACAGCUAAAGAGAAGGAGAUCGCCUUUCUUAAACAAACUCUCUUUGGGACAGACAAAGACAUUGCUGAUCUCAAAGGAAAACUGUCCCAGCUAAAACAAAAUGGGCAAAUAACUCAAUCUGAUUUUGUUAAGCAAAUGGCAUCAAUAGACGAAAAGCUGCAAGAGGCGAGGUACAACAUUGCCGAGCUCGAGGGGGGCCUUAAUUUUACUGUCCAGAAGAAUAAAACAGAAGCAGAAGAGUCCUGGAGCAAACCACAAAUAUUUAAUGGUGAGUAUGUAAAUUGGGGUGGCGUUGCAUCAACUGAGUGGUGAUACGACUGCCUUGUUUUUGGAGAGGAAAGAGGUGUUUGCAUCAUCUUUCACUAAAAAUAAAUAUUUUGAUUUCAUUAACAGUUCUUCCAUGCACUUUUAUUUUUAUUUCUGCUUCUUCUUUUUUUUUUUCUAAACUAGGCAUAGCUUACUUUGACCUUCAACCAUCAUGGUUUGACACUGCAUCCAACAACGGUGGAUGUUUCAAAGUUAAAAACUUUCCAGUUAGCGCAAAAGAUCUUGAAACCAUAAGGAAUGUUAAAUCCACUUCAAGGGCCUUCACUGAGCGAGCUAAAGGUAUGAAGAAGGAAACUUGUAAGUUACCAUUCCUCUACAGUCCACACCUGCGCGAAAGCAGUGUAGUCUUACGAGUCACAAAACAGUUAGAUACUCAGAAUUGAUAGCAUGUUCUUCCAUCUAUCGGCUUUGAUUUUUUAAUCAUCUUUCAUCUAGGCAAAGAUUAUUUUAACCUUCAACCGUCAUGGUUUGACACUUUAUCAAAAGACGUUGGAUGUCUUCAGGUUGAAAACGUUCCACUUAAAGCAAAAGAUCUUGAAGCCAUGAAGAAAGGUAUGUAGAUGGAAACUUUAAAAUACGAUUCUACAUAGGUGAUAGUCCACAUCUGUGCGAAGUAGUGUCUUCUGAGCGUGAAGAACCUAUUAGGCCAAUAAGAAUUGUCAAUGUACCCUUCAGCUUUAGUACUUUUGCAAUGUACUCGCCUGACUCAAAUUCAGUGAGCAACUUCAUGAAGUGUUACAUCAUACAAAAAAUAACACAGAUUCCUCUGGUAUUAUGCUGAACUUAUUUUCCAAGAAAGCUAAAGGCGUAAAACGAACGCAUAUCCCUGCUUCCAACUUUGUUCAAGCCCAAACUGUGAUGAUUUCUGCUGCAUUCAAGACUCGUGACUUACCCACUCAGAUCAAUCAUUUUUCAGAGGAGGUAGCUUUAAUUGAAGAGUUACCUUGUUCUUUUAUCGAGUGCUCAAGGUCACGGUUUUUGCGGCGGUUUAGAAAAAUUGUUCCGCUGAAAUUAAUUCAGUUUUGGUUCGGUAAGCUAAAAUCUUAGGUAUCUCUAUGUGGAAACGAAAUUCUCUACAUUGCAAUCAUAAAACAAAACUUAAUUUAUCUUUUAUCUAGGCAAAGAUUAUUUUGACCUUCAACCGUCAUGGUUUGACACUCUAUCCCAAAACGCUGGAUGUCUUGAAGUUGAAAACGUUCCA